UCUUCCAAUACACGGGAUAGCAGAAUCAACAAACAAUCGAGUGAGCGACGUAAAGUAGAGACACAGCGUCUGACUGAGAGAGAGAUGGGAGACGAAGGGGUGAAGAACGAAGCAAUGGAGAUAAUGGGUCUCUUCCAAGUGCUGCCUCGUCUUGUCGUCUUUGAUCUCGAUUACACACUCUGGCCUUUCUACUGUGAAUGUCGCUCGAAGCGUGAAAUGCCAUCACUGUAUCCUCAUGCCAAAGGAAUAUUAUAUGCACUCAAGGACAAGGGCGUUAAUCUUGCCAUUGCCUCAAGAUCGCCAACUCCAGAUAUAGCAAACACUUUUCUGGAUAAAUUGGGGAUAAAACCAAUGUUUGUAGCUCAGGAGAUAUUUUCGAGUUGGACACACAAGACUGAACACUUUCAAAGAAUUAAGCAGACGACUAGAAUUCCAUACAAUGAAAUGCUCUUUUUCGAUGACGAGGAUCGAAACAUAGAAGCAGUUUCUAAAAUGGGCGUGACAAGCAUCUUGGUGCAUAAUGGCGUGAAUCUAGGUGCUCUGAGACAGGGGCUCACUAAGUUUACGCAGAAUCUGGAAUCAUCUGAAAGGAACAAACAAAGGUGGCAGAAUUUUUCACGAAAAUCAAGUUCAUCAGAAAGAGACCAAUCCUAAAUUCUCCUUGCAUCUGAAAGUUAUGUUCACUUUUAUUCUUGAAUUGAUGAUACUCUACCAGAGAUGUAUGAUCUUUCAAACUCUAAAAGCAAGUAAAAUUAGUUUGCUUAAUUUUUUUCCCCGAACAUGUUCGACUGCAUAAUUUAUCUUGUAAGUGAAACGUUAUUUUAGAGAUACUUCAAAAAUUAAGUUCAGUUACUGCUUUUUUCAA